GACUCGGGGGGUGCGGGGUUCACAAGAGAGAGAUGAGGCAGGCUGCAGUCCCCUCCCUGAACAGGGUUCGUUCCCACCUCGAAAUGUGGGUGGAGGUUCCUUUUUCAGGUGCCCAGGCUUCGGAUCCUGGGCGGGGGCGCGUGGCAGCCGCCAGGAGCCCGGCUGGAGCGCCCGCCCUGCGGCCUCUCCUCCCCGCCGAGCCGCCAGCGCCUCGGGACGCGAUGAGGACCUGGGCUUGCCUGCUGCUCCUCGGCUGCGGAUACCUCGCCCAUGCCCUGGCCGAGGAAGCUGAGAUCCCCCGCGAGCUGAUCGAGCGGCUGGCCCGUAGUGAGAUCCACAGCAUCCGCGACCUCCAGCGACUCCUGGAGAUAGACUCCGUAGGAGCCGAGGAUGCCUUGGGAACCAGCCUGAGAGCCCACCGGGCCCACGCCACCAAGCAUGCGCCCGAGAAGCGGCCUGUGCCCAUUCGGAGGAAAAGGAGCAUCGAGGAAGCCAUUCCUGCAGUCUGCAAGACCAGGACGGUCAUUUACGAGAUACCUCGGAGCCAGGUGGACCCCACGUCUGCCAACUUCCUGAUCUGGCCGCCGUGCGUGGAGGUGAAGCGCUGCACCGGCUGCUGCAACACGAGCAGUGUCAAGUGCCAGCCCUCGCGGGUCCACCACCGGAGCGUCAAGGUGGCCAAGGUGGAAUACGUCAGGAAGAAGCCACGGUUGAAAGAGGUCCAGGUGAGGCUGGAGGAGCACUUGGAGUGUGCUUGCGCACCCUCCAGCCUGAGUCCAGACCACCGGGAAGAGGAGACCGAUGUGAGGUGAGGAUCAGCAGCAGCCCUCUCCUGGGACACGGAUGUACAUGGCGUGUUACAUUCCUGAACCUACUAUGUACGGUGCUUUAUUGCCGGCGUGCGGUCUUUGUUCUCCUCCGUGAAAAACUGUGUCCAAGAGCACUCUGGAGAACAAAGAGACAGUGUACAUUUGUUCAGUGUGACAGCAAAGCAAGUAUUGUAGCACUCGGAGAAACUGUAAGCUUCCUUGUCAGAGAGAGAGAGACAGAGAGAGAGAGAGAGAGAGAGAGAGAAAACAAACCACAAAACACGACAAAAAACAAAACAAAAAAACAACAAAAAAAAAACGGACUCCAAAACAUCUAAGCCUUCGGCGGUAGGGCUGCCCCGUGCGGGGUGAAGUGCAGUGGGCUCGCGGUGAAGCGCAGUGGGCUCGCGGGUGGAUCUGUGUGGGCCGCGGUGCUUUUGCUGAGUCGGAGCCUGGCGUGGAGAAGCCAGGCUUGGAUCACCACGUGGACACCCCCUCGCUGCAGCACUCCAGUCUGUGGGACCCUCCUGGGAGCCUUAAUGGGUUUUUUUUUUUACACCGUAAAGUUACGGAGCUUUCCUUUUUACUCUUUGCCUAGCUUUCCCACCCCUCCCCCCCAACCUUUUUUUAAUUAUCUCUUGGAUGACAUUUACGCCGAUAACACACGAGGCUGCUGUAACUGUCAGGACAGAGCGACGGUAUUUUUCCUAGCAAGAUGCAAACUAAUGAGAUGUAUUAAAAUAAACGCGGUAUACCCACCUAUGCAUCA